GCCAGUCGGCAGAUCAGGUUUUGAAGCAGCGAUGAGCGGAAGGGUCGGCGAUCUGAGCCCCAGACAGGCUGAAACUCUCAGCAAGUUCCGAGAAAAUAUCGAAGAUAUCCUGCCUAGCCUUCCUGCUCAGGAUGACCACUUCCUCCUGCGAUGGCUUAGAGCCAGGGGUUUCAACCUUCAGAAAGCGGAGUUUAUGAUUCGCAAGCAUGUAGAGUUCAGGAGACAGAUGAAAGCUGACACGCUCAGGAGUGACUGGGAACCCCCUGAGGUCAUUACUCGUUAUUUCGCUGGAGGGAUGUGCGGCUAUGACAAAGAAGGCAGCCCCAUUUGGUAUGACGUGAUUGGCCCUUUGGAUCCAAAAGGUUUGAUGCAUUCGGCAUCUAAGCAGGAUUUUUUAAAGACAAAAAUCCGAGACUGUGAGUUGCUGCGAGAGGACUGUGUUGAACAGUCUAAAAAGCACAAUAAACAAAUUGAGGCAAUCACAAUGAUCUAUGAUUGUGAGAAUCUAGGAAUGAAGCAUUUAUGGAAACCUGCAGUUGAACUGUAUGGAGAGGUACUUACCAUGUUUGAGGAUAACUACCCUGAGGGUUUAAAGACAUUGUUUGUUAUCAAAGCACCAAAAAUUUUCCCUGUGGCCUACAAUCUCAUAAAGCAUUUUCUCAGUGAAGACACACGCAAGAAAAUUCAAGUAUUAGGAGGUAAUUGGAAGGAGGUGCUAUUGCAAUAUAUUGAUGCGGAACAGCUCCCUGCUUAUUAUGGUGGAACUCUCACAGAUCCGGAUGGGAACCCAAAGUGCACAAGCAAGAUAAACUUUGGUGGUGAAGUACCAAAGUCGUAUUACAUCCUUGAGUCCAUUAAGCAACAAUAUGAAAACGUAGUCACUGUCAACAGGGGAUCCUCUUUUCAAUCUGAAUAUGAGAUGCUCUUCCCUGGCUGUGUUUUAAGGUGGCAGUUUAUGACUGAGAGUGCAGACAUUGGGUUUGGUGUGUACCUGAAGACAAAGAUUGGCGAAAGACAAAAGGCUGGUGAAAUGGUCGAAGUGGUUCGCAACCAACGAUACAAUAGUCACCUCGUACCUGAGGACGGAACACUUACCUGCCAGGAACCUGGAGUCUAUGUUCUAAGAUUUGACAACACCUACAGCAUCAUUCAUUCCAAGAAAGUUAGCUACUCGGUGGAAGUGCUGCUGCCAGACAAGGGAUCAGAAGCACAGAUGGAUGAUCUUGGGAAGAAGAUAAAAGAAGUGGAUGUCAGUAAAAAAUAACAACAUUUUGACCAGAGAUGUGAAUCUGUAAGGCAACUUUUCAGUGAGGUGAUUUCAAGUUCUGUGAGGUGUAAGCAGUGUAUGCACUGAAUGCAAUGGCAUGUGUUAAUCUCUGGCUAUAUUGUGGACACAGCAGAGCCACCUGUGGUGUGUGCAUUUUGUCCAGUGUGGGACCCUGUUGAGUAACCCAUGGAUUAUCAUGAUCCAGUGAAAAUUGGGAUAAACAGGGUGCCUAUUAAGCAUGUUGCUUUUUACCAUAAUGAGGGUAUCAGACAUACAUACACGCAAAGCCUUUUUAAAUAAGACUUUCUCAUCUAAUAUUCAGUGUUCAAUUUUUGUUUAUACAAAAAAACGACAUUAAUCUUAUGUAUUGGUAUAUUUGGCUGCUGUACUGUCCAACGGACCUAGUAGUAUUGGACAGAAGGCCACAUCUGUGGUAUAUCAUCAGACUUUAAAAGGAUCAAAAAGGUUAGUAUAAAGUGAUGUGUAUUACCUUAAGUCAAAUUAAAUGAACAAUUAUUAGAUCUUAUGGUAUUGUAAUUUUAAUCAAUGAUAAAGCUACAGCUGAUUGUUUUCAAUUGAUGUUAAUGGAUUUCUAAUUAUUUUGAGUAAAAGUACUAUUGCACUUAGUUCCAAUUAUGAAUUAAUAAAAAAACUCCUAACAAUAUAGCUUACUCCCCCAUUCUAUUUAAAUGUCUUCUGUGACAAUCCCUUGUCACUCUCUGCAUUCAGAUCAAGAAUAAUUGGAGCUGCCUUGUUUCUAUUUAUCUGCCACACUUGUAAAAUUGAUAACACAAAGUAAACUCACUUAUUGCAGCCUUGAGGAACUGAACCACUUGGAAUUUGCAAAACCCAUUUGAACGUGAAUUAUCUUGGUUCUAUAAAAUCUUCAGAUUCUUAUACUUAGCCUCUACUGUAAUUUGAAUCCAUUUUUAUAUCCACAGUAUGAGAAUGAAGUGCAGCCAAUGCCUCAAUAGAUAGGGACAAGUGUACAAUCUUUGAGUUUGCAGUCCCACAGCUUCUGUUUAUAAAUGUGAUGAAUCAAUCACCACAACUUUGUGACUGCUUACUUUUAUGAUUCAAGCAGGCUGAGAAAGGCAACAAUGAUCCAUGCCUUCUCCUGAGAAAAAGACAAAUUAAUUUGCUGCUGUGUCUUCCUGGAGCCUCAUAAAGAGUUAACAACAGCUCCAUAUAUUUCUAAAAUUAUAUUCACUCCCAAUGGUUUAUUGCGCUGUCUGCUACAGUACUAAACCAUACAGACUGGAAAGAUUCCUAAUUUUAUCCCCAGCUUAUGUUGAGGUAGUUAACCUCAUACAGGAAGGUAGUACAGUUGGUUAGGCUCGGCUGCAGUGCUCUCAUUUGUUUAGUUUGCUAACCCUCCCAGCUAGAUUCAUGAUUGAAGAAUGACCAUCUAGGCAUGAUACUGGAGGAUUGAUAGUAUUCAUGGUAAUAGACCCAGCAUGUGUCCAUAGCAUCAAGAUAUGAAGAGAGAUAACUGGGCAGAAAUGAUAUUUAAAACUAUAAAAUUCUCUCUCUGUUUACAAUAAUUUCAUCCCAAUCAUCUUAUUCUUGAAAGUGUCAAUGUGUUAGCAAUAAUUUUUUGGCUUCGCUCUCCAAUGCUCGGCUCACCUGUCAGGAACGCAAUUUCGGAAAUUUGGGCAGUUUACUAGUGAUUCAUUUUCGUGAUCAGAAAGUGAUGCACAUUAUGUGUCCAGAUUCCUGAUAAGUUCUCCCAUCAAAGACAGAAAAAUUAAAUUAUUUUUGGCAGUAUUUUCUGUCAAGGACAGAUUUUAUCCGUUUUACUAUUGUCCAUAAUCAGCUUGUUUUGUAUGUGAGAUGUGUGUGCAUUUUCUUACCCUCAGUGAUUGUCCCAAGUUAAAUAAUUCCAGCAGCAAGCUUUAUAGUGAGUUUUAAAAUAAAGGAGGUUCUUUAUUAUUCCACACUUGUCCUGGAGGUUUAAAAAUAUGAUACCUCACACACACUAGCACUCACACAAAGAUUAGAUACAGAGGAAGAAAAAAAAUGAUUACAAUAUAUAAUUAUCUCAGUCUCUCUUUUGUGGCAGGCCUGUAGUUUCUCAAAUGAGUUGAUGCUUUUAGUUGACACGAAGGACUUGUAAACACAGGAUUCUCAGUAAGCUGUGAAGCUUCUUGUAGUUGAAUUGCCAGGAGGUUGGUUCUCAGGUGAAUUUGAAGGCGGAACAGGUUGGGAGAGUCCUUUUCCCAUUUUCAAGAUAUAGCUGUUAUUACUUUGUCUGUGUAGUUGUCUUGCAGCUGGUUCUUCCAUUUUCAGAUGGUCUGUCUGCCUCUGCAGAGCUGAUUCUUGCUGUCUUAAAGUAGGCAACAAACACACCUGUCUCACUCAUUUGUCCUGUUACAAAACCAAAGUCCUUUAGAAAACAAGGUGAUGUGUUAGACCUAUAAAAAUUCCAUGUUGUGGCUUUUCAUGCUUUGAGAGUUUGAGACAGCCAAGGUCUUUGAGCCUGGAUCACAAUAUAAUGAAAGCCAAUGGGAUACAUUUCACAUUUGCCUGACACCCAUUGAGUUUUGAUGUCCUUGGUGAAACAUGGAGCUGGGCUGUCUGCAAACCCCAUUGCCUGUAGACUUUGGCCCCUAUUUAAUCAGGUAUUGGCUGCAGACACUACUGUCUACAGUUCAAAUACCAAAAGUCAAAUGGAAUGCUGCAGUCAUCUUAACAACUUUUGUAUUCACUUUUUAAAAAAUACAGCUUUAACAUUUGUAAUAUCUUCAUGCCUGUACAGGACAUGACAUUUCCUUAUUGGUAAUUACAUUUUAAUUUGAACCAAAAGUUUGCUUCUGUAGAAUUUUUAAUUUAUGAAACUGAGUUUAAAUUAAUAAAUGUACUAUUGGAAAAGAAGUGCCGCAGCUUUAGCAUGGUUGGGUCCUGGUCAGCACAUUGAUUUACAGCUGCAGCCAUGCAUUGCACACCAGUGGCAGGGUUCCAUUAUUUGCAAUUGCUUUCAUUCUAGUACAGCUGCUGUUUGAAGUGCCAUUAAUUUUAGAGUUUAUUUAAUUGCAAGAUCUGCUGCAGAGUGUGAUAAAUAUCUGUGAUGUUUGUGUGUCUGGACUGAUAUUGUUUAAUAUGCAAUUGAAUGUGCAAUUAUUCAGGGAAGAGAAAUUUUUAAUUCAGUUUUGGUUUAGAGAAAAUGUAAACCCGCUUCAGAUCUACUUCCUUGCUUGAUCCCACGAAUAUCAGUAAAUAAUAGGCAUUAUGUAAUCAUUAGAAAUGAUCUAACCUUGGUUCAUGUGAAAUCACACAUAGCAGGAGUAAUUUAUUAAAGUUCCAGAAACCUGAGUUUGUAUUCUCGCCUUUUAUUCAACUCCUUACAUGUGUUAUUUAUAAUAUGUGCUAGAUAAUAUUGUCUGUAAUUGUUAAUGUAUGUCAUACUGUUGUCAUCCUAUACCUGAAAGUUGCACGAGGGAAUGAAGAUGUUUUCUUUUUGAGUAUUUUGCAGGUCUCAUUUUGGACUAAAAAGUUUCUUUUCUCCAUGUUGGUUACAAAGACAAUUUGAAGUUAACCAAAGUUGAUUUUAUCUAAAAUAUAGAAUUUCUGAACUGCUGAUUUGUGUGAUGAAUGUGAGUAUCUCAGUGUGACAACCCCAGAAGGGUUUGAAAUCUGCGAUGUCAACACUGCUGUUUACAGAGAAAUAAUAUGUCAUCGAUCGGAGUAAAUCAUACAUCCAUUUUACAUCUGAUUAACAAAAUAAGAAUAUAGAAACAGAAAAAGCUGUUCAGUCCAUCUAACUGACUUUUAUCUCCUAACCAUAUGAAAUCAUAUCUGACAAACCUUUCAACACAAUUUCUGUAUUCUAAACAGGAAAUGAAUAAAUUCUAAUUGUAAUGCUUCUAGAUCAUUUUGUCCUUUAGAUUGAUCACCAUUGAUUGAACUUUAUUAGUUUCUUCUUUUAGCUCAGUAACUUAAACCUGGGUUCUUCUAUCACCCACUUCUUCCUGCAAACUUUGAUCUUUUAACAUCCCAGAAAGGCUGAUUUCACCAGCCUCGGGGGUCACCAUGCACUAUGGUUGUUGGAUCUUCUUAAAGUGUUUUGGAACCUCUGGUUCGAACUGAAAAUAAUUUGGUUGAUUCUUUAGUGGUGGUGUAAGAGUUCUUGUUUAAAUUCUCACAAGCUGUGGAUAAUCAGUGCAAGGUACUGUCAGAUGCAGCAUGUAAUUCAGUAGUUGCAAAUAGUUACUUAAUUGACACAGUGUCUUGCACAAUUCCCAAAACAAUUAGCUGGUAGUGAUCGCUAGACUGCACAGAGCUUUAUUUAUUUAUUCAUAAAUCAGUUGAGUUACUAUACAUUGAGACAAAAAGAACAAACAAUUUUUUAUCAAGAACAGAUCCAGCUGCAAAUUAGCAGCUACUCUUUUACCAAAAAUAUAGCCAAAAUGUUUUGGUAUGUUCAAUAAAUUACUAAUACAAUUCAAAGGCUCUUUCCCUUUGAGGCAAUUUUUUUAAUAUACUGUAUAACACGUGGGAAAUGGGAUGAACUCCUCAGCUGCCACAGAGAGUUGUACGACAAUUUUACAGAGUUCCAUUUUACCAUAAGAAUGAUUAAGAAAUGUAUUUUCCUGCAUUUGUGGUGGAUACUGUGUUUGUUAACUCCUGAAAUGUACAUUGUAUGGAUGAUUGUGAUUCUCCACCUCCAGUGGGAAGCCAAACUUGCAAACAACACAGGUUGGACAGUCAUGGCUAUAAUGUUGUUGCUGUAUCUCUGCCUCACACUCCCUGUGAGUGCAGAUCCUUGCCGGAGCCUUGAAUCACAAAAUCACUGCUGGUCGAUAAAAGUUUAACGUCAAUAAAAAGCACUAAAAUUUUUUUUUCAAAUAAUUUUGCAUUUGGAUUUGUAACUAUUGUGAAAAAUAGAUGUGAGGCAAAAUCAAUUGUGUAUUUUGUGGGAAACAAUAAAAUGAUCUGUUUGUUUCAAGCU